AGAUCGUCUGUCGAGUCUUCUCCGGUGAGACGAAAACUUCCAAUCUUUCUGAUGAUCGCUACAGUAUAGCUGCUAAAACUAGGGCAAUAAUCUCAGGCGAAGCGAUCGAAGAAUAAUUAUUAUAGAUUCCUCAAUUUCAAAUCUUUAUCUUCUCUGUUUCACGAGCGACUAAAACUGGUACAACAUCCUGAAGAGACAGGCAGUUGCUGGAGGAUGGCUUCAGUGGAUGUAAUCAAGUCUUCUCUUGAUUCAAUUAUAGAAAAAUCAGAGGAUAUCCAUGGGGCUGUUGUCUACUUAGAUGCAGGUUGUACUGAAAGUUUUCAGUUUAUUGGGGCCUACUCUCUUUUUCUGGAGCUUGGAGCACAUGCUGUUUGUAGCCUGGAGAACUUGUCUCCCCUGGAUGUGGUGAUUGACUGGAACUCCGGUUCAGGUAUUUCACAGAAAGUUGUAGUUUUCACUUCACGACUUCUAAGUGAUGCACACAGAUAUGUCUUGCGCUGCUUGGGAAGACAUCAAAAUGCUUGCCAAUGCAUUAUAUUCACUUCCAUCUCUGAGACAGCUCACUCAGCUUACCCGGAUUCACCUCUGGGACCUGAUGCUUUUCAUGAAUAUGAAACUCUGCUCAUUCAAGAUUAUGAGGAGUUUGUUGGAAGAUCUGAGUUCAAAACUACACAAUCUGGUGACAGAAAGUCCAAAGCAAAUAUGUCUGAAGAUGAAGGAUGGUCACAAUUGAGUGAUGAAGACAUUUCAUCUCCAUCUGGAGCAAGCUCGCAUGGAAAAAAAUUAUAUCAUGAUCCAGCAGACUAUUCAGAAAAUAUAAAACGGAAAUUAAUUGUCUUUGUGCAUCAUUUCCCAUUGGUCUUGUGCCCUCUUUCACCCAGAGUAUUUGUCUUACCCUCUGAAGGAUUGCUUUCUGAAGCAUCCCUAUCUAAUAGGAAUGAAAAUUCUCUUAGUCCCGGUUUACCUGCAAUAAGUAAUGGUUUGCCACACGAUGGUGAAGAUAUUCCUCCUGGUGCUACUCAAACUGCACAUUUUCUUUAUUAUCUUGCAGCAAAGAUGGAUCUAAAAUUGGAAAUAUACUCCCUUGGUGAUUUCUCCAAGACUGUUGGCAAGCUAAUUACAGACAUGUCGAGUCUAUAUGAUGUAGGACGACGCAAACGAUCAGCAGGAUUAUUAAUCAUUGAUCGUACUCUUGAUCUUCUGACCCCAUGCUCUCAUGGGGAUUCACUUGUGGAUCGAGUCUUCACAGCUUUGCCUCGUAGGGAUCGAACAGAUAAUGCCUCGGUCAAAGGCUCACAAAGUCAACUCAAAUCUGGUCCUGUCAAUGUGCAACGUGCUCCUCUUGAUGUUCAGAUACCACUUACAAAAUUUCUCAGUGAAGCAGAUUCUGUGUCAAAGAAUCAUCGGCUAAUCGAAAACAUUGAAUCGUUUCUAUAUGGAUGGAACGCGAAUGGUUUGGAUUCUCCGUCUGAACAGUUGCUUAAUCUCAAUGCCAGGCUAAGUGUUGAGAAACCAGUUCAUACUGAAACUGAGAUACUCAAUGGAGCCUUUGUAUCAAAUGAAGGUUUUCGUGGAACGCCAUACCUGGAAGCCUUAUUGGACAGAGGCACAAAAGAUGGGCUUAUGUUAGUAAGAAAGUGGCUUCAAGAAACCCUACGUCAGGAAAACAUUAACUUAAACAUAAGAAUCCGUCCAGGCACUGCAACAAAGUCUGAUUUGCAAUCCAUGGUAAAAGCACUCGCUAGAACCCAGGAUUCGUGGAUGAGAAACAAAGGAAUUAUCCAUCUAACUGCCGCCGCACUUCAUGCCUUGGAUGAGUUGUUUUGUACGAAAUGGGAUGCAUUUAAUAGUGCUGAGAGAACGUUGAAUGCGAGCGCAGGAGGAGAUACUAGUCAGAACCUUGCUGCUCAAAUUAGUGAUCUUGUCAAUAAGAGUGUUGCUUUAUCGGGAUCAUCACAAAGGCUCCUUUCUCUGAAAGAUGCUUUGCUGCUUACAGUUUCGGGAUACAUAUUGGCUGGUCAGAAUUUCCCAACGUCUGGGUCUGGCAGCCCGUUUUCUUGGCAGGAGGAGCACUUCUUGAAGGAAGCAGUUGUGGAUGCUAUUCUUGAAAACCCAGGAGAACUGAAGAUGAAGUUGCUCGACAGCAUAACAAAAGAUCUUAUAGAAAAUCUAAGCAAGAAGGAAGAGUCUAAGAGCCAAUUGAAAAACGAUGACGUUGAUGAUGACCAGUGGGAGAGCUGGGGCGAUGACGAUGCUGAUCAGUCUGAAAAUGAAGAUCAGUCAUAUGGAAACAUGCAGUUGAAGUUAGAGUUACGUGAUAGAGUAGAUAACCUUUUCAAAGUCUUCCAUAAGUUAUCGAAAUUAAAGAAGUGGAAUUUUCUAGCAAAGGAAGGUGCAUUGGAUUUGGAUGGUAGCUUUAACAAUGAUCCUUACUCGAGCAAAGGACUUUUAUAUAGACUUCUGAUUAGGAUUCUGGGAAAGCAAGAUGUUCCUGGUUUAGAGUAUCAUUCUUCAACUGUGGGUAGACUCUUUAAGAGUGGUUUUGGAAGAUUCGGUCUUGUGCAGGCGAAACCAAGUCUAGCCGACCAGAAUAUCAUAUUGGUUUUCUUCAUUGGUGGCAUCAAUGGUGUUGAGGCGCGGGAAGCUCAGGAGGCAUUAGCCGCGAGUGGCAGACCUGACAUAGAAUUGAUCCUGGGAGGAACAACACUUCUGAAUCCUAAUGACAUGUAUGAUCUACUUUUGGGUGACUCCAGCUACCUUUGAAUCUACAUAUAUUCUACUUUUUGUUUUGUUUUAAAUUUACAGAUGGAAAGAAUUAACAUGAAAUACUGAAUAGUAAGGUUUUAGACUUUAGGAGGAGAAUAGUAGUAAGCCUUUGUUUGUUUCCCCUAUGUUCUUUGGAUUACAAUUAUCUGUAUUUAUCUUGCUUUUUUCUA